AUGGCUGACUCUGGCAGAUCAAAGUUCCCACGGCUGGACGAGCCUACGAGCGACUUGGGGCGCUUGUAUGAGCGGGCAUUGAGUGAGGCAAGUGUGCAGCUUGCGGGUCAGGCUACCUUGAAGUUACCCUGGGAGAAGGGCAUUUAUGCCGAGAUUUUCAGUGGUAGCGAGCUACCUAGGAUGCCUACCUUACCUGUGCCUGCUACACUUCCAGUCGUAGAUGUUGCAAGACCUGGGACCCAGCACAGCGAAGCCUUGAAGCAGACAUCAGAUCCUCUGCCAAAAUUCGAGAGUGCAGUCUACAAGCACUGUCUGCAUAAAUCAACUAUUGCUGCUGGCGGGAGACCCGGGACAGAUCGAGAUGCCGUCUACAGGCGCUGGCUUUGUAUCUUGGGCCACAAUCUUGCUGGCUCUAAGAUUGGAGAGUACAUUGCUGAUGGUGCCGAAGACCCUCUUGUUUUGAUUGCUGACACCUUUGGAGGGAAAAGUACGAGCACCUUGCUUAAGAGAGCCAGGUUUGUCGCCCGGAUGCUUACGUGGGCGUCUGAGCAUAGUCAGACGUUUUUUCCGCUGCGGCUUGGACCAUUGCUUUCAUUCAUGCGCAGUUUGGCAUCAGAGAGUGCCAAGGCCCAGUGUGGAGAGACAAUCAAUUUCCUUGUGCAUGUCCUUGGUGUGUAUGCCGAUCUGGAUAUUUUGAAGCAUCCUGUAAUCCAAGGGCUUCUACGGGGGUCUCGGUCAACAGGGAAAGAGAUCAAGCAGUCCAGGGUACUCACUGUCCGGGAAGUUAUGGCGCUCGAAGAUAUGCUCAGUGAUGCAUCCCUUGAUCCUGUUGAUCGAUAUGGUGCAGGAGUUUUUCUCUUCCAGAUUUACAGCCGGGCACGAGUGUCCGACAUCAGGAACAUCCAUCGCUUUGAGCUCGACCUGAGUGGAGAUGACGGAUACCUUGAGGCGAAAACGAUGGACCACAAGAAUGCGACCAGAGGACGUGGGCUGGGGCAGAGCUUGAUUCUCGUUGCUCCGGUUCAGGGCCUGCGGGAUAAGGCGUGGGGUAUCCAGUUCAUCGAGGUUGCAAAGAUGGGUCAGUGGUCAGGGGAGGCGAUCGGGUCUGAUGAGACUACAUCGUGGCUCAACGGUCUGUUGAAUCGCGCUAUGAGUGAGCAGAUUGCGUCAGGGCUAACAUCCCAUGGAUUAAAGGCAACAACCCUUUCCUGGAUGACGAAGGCCGGGUAUCCCGAAAAGUCUUGCCUCAUUUUGGGACAUCACGCGAGAGCGGGGAAGAAAACUCUUUACACAUACGGCAGAGACGUGCAAGCCAAACCAUUACGUGAACUACAAGAUUGCAUUCGUCUCAUCAAGCGUAAUAUGUUUGCUCCGGACUCGACUCGAAGUGGCAUGUUCAAAUCAGGCGAGAGCGGUCAUGAAUCAAAGGCUGAGGUUACAGAUCCUCUCAUUCUCGCUGCUGAACAGUUCCGGUUUGGCGAUCCUGAUGAAAUCAUUGACACUGGAGGCGAUGUCGGCAGUGAACACGAGCCCUUGCUCGAGGAAGGAAAGCCGGCUGACAAUUGUGAUGCUGAGCCUGAGCAGGAUGCUGAGGAUUCCGACUCGAGUACCUCUAGUUCUUCAGGUUCCUCUGAUGACCAUGCCGAAGCUUAUGAGAGUUUCGCCAGUGAUGCUGCCCUUGAUUGUGCUGUGCCCCACUUAAACAAAGAGGUGGACUUGGAUGUUUUCCAGAACCCCAAAACUCUUUCCCUCCAUACCCGGGCGAAGGGUUCCGAUGGCCCACUUAUGUGUGGCCGCAAAGCUGAGGGAAUGAAGAUUUUUACAAGUAGGGUAUACAGCAAGUUUUGGAUGUGUAAGCAGUGUGAGCAGGCUCGACCGCUCAGGGACACGAAAGCUGUCGUUGCAUACCUGAGCAAAGACCUAGUGGUCUUCAUUGAGGAUGGCGAGGGCUGUGGGUUGGGCGAGGGCUUCGGGCCUGCACAGCACAUUGUGCUUGCGCUCGCAGUUUACUAUCGUCUACUUUGUGAUGGGCUGGGCGAGGGCUUCGGGCCUGCACUGCACUUUGACGAGUGCAACCACAUGACAGGAAUCCUUGACUGGCGUGAGUACCGAAUUGAGCCCAAAAGGUGUGUGGAACGUGGUGAUGACACGUUGGCCGUGUUCUUGGAAAGAUGUGAGACGGCCGGAUUGCCAACGCCGAUUCGGGACAUCUUGGUUGGCAAGAAUCUCAGUACCUUGGCAGGUCUCGCAUUUGCAGCGGGGCAGCCGGGGGAAACACCGAGUGAUGCAGCGCUUACCGGCCUGGCGAGAUCCGGCACGGAGGAAGUUCCAAUAGCGACCCUAGCCUCCUUGAGGCGGUUGGUGUUUGAAGCGCAGCUCCUCAUGACCGCGCAGGUGAAGAUGCUGAUCGAGCAUCGUGCCGAUGACCAAAAGGCGGAAUUAGCACCCGCAGAAAGAUCGGAGCGAAUCCAGAAGCAGAGCGAGCGCCUGGCCGGUGUUGCACUCCGCAACGAGUCAGAGUGCUCCUAUGGGUCAUACGAUUUGGUCAUGAAGAUGGUCCAGGAGAACUGUGUCUCCUACUUGUCUCCAGCUAGGUUUCCGUCUCGGCAGGCCGAACUUCGUCUGGAGAAACCUCGAAAGGAGCUUGAUGUGGUCAACUCAAAAAUCACUUUGAAGGACCAGGCAGUCGAUCUUCAAUGCCAGCUUCACACGCCGCUGUGCCUGCAUCAUGCUCUUCAUCGACGGGCACUUGCAAUGGAUCUCGUUGGGGUAGCCAGCUACAGUGUGAGCAUGGAAUUUCACGAGUACUUGAUGUCACACCUUACCAUGGAGCCACCGCCUGGCUAUCAUCAAGUCACACUGCAUCAGGUUCUAGCAGCUGACCGAGCCGCUUGGUUGCGACUCGCGGAGAAACUUCCUAAAGGGCUUCGUGCUGGUCCCGAUGGGAAACUCCCGCUGGAUAUCGAGCUCCCGAAAUUGCAGGGCGACCCGAAAGUGGCUUUUCAUCUCUUACCUCUGGGACCUUCUGCUUCAUCAUCCGGGAAGCGUUCGAUGGAUGGCGACCAGGGCCAGAACAACGAUUCGAAGAUCCAAAGGACUGGAGGCAAGGGUAAAGGGAAGGGCAAAACCAAAACUAAAGCCUUUCCUAAGUCUAUGCCUGUGUCCCUCAAAGACAAGUGGUCGCGAACCAAACGCGGUGUUCCGAUAUGCUGGGCCUUCAACACGGAAGAGGGCUGUAGCUCAGCUCCAGCUGGAGGCAGAUGCCCGAGGGGUGUCCACCUUUGCGCUGAACCUAACUGUCAAAAACCCCACUCGAUCGUCAAUCAUGCAAAGGUUGCCAGUGGGUGA